AUGGAGCAAGCCCAAAAGAAAGGACCAGUUCAUGUGUACCAUGAUGAUGUUCUUGCUGUUGGCUCUUUUUCUUCUUCCUCUUCAACUUCAUCGUCUUCUGUUUCUCGAGCUUCAAGUGGGUCAUCAUCAUCAGUGGAAUGUGACUCUUUUGAAGAGGUGACAUCCCCUCCCUCUUCUUCAUCAUCGUCAUCAUCAUCAUCUUCGGCUGAUGAUCAACAACUUGCAGUUGUACCUGAUCCAUUGAGUGACAUGUCUUCUAUCUUUCAACAACUUCCCAUCAAGAGGGGGUUGUCAAAAUUCUACCAGGGGAAGUCACAGUCUUUCACUUCACUAACAAAUGUGAGGAGCUUGGAGGAUCUUGCAAAGCCAGAGAACCCAUACAACAAGAGGUUGAAGUCUUGCAAGAGCUAUGGAGGAGGGUUAGAUGAGAGGCAUGGGGUGUCAAGGACUGUUUCCAAGAGGGGAAUGAUGCAUUCACCAAGUUCAAGGGGUUCAUGUUCUUCUCUGAAUUCAAGAAAAGGAAGUGCCACUACCUUCAUAGGUAGUAGGCCACCAAUCCCUCCUCAUAGAUCUACCAGCACCAACACCAUUCCUAAUCAAACUGUGCUGUUUGCUUGA